AUGAUGCUAGUUUUGAACACUCAAGUUAACUGUGAUGGUAAUACUUAUAGUGUGACAGACUAUGGUGCUGUUUCAGAUGGAGAAACUGAUAACACUCAGUCAUUCAUGGAUACAUGGAAGGCAGCUUGCAAAGCAGGUGGCACGAUGGUGAUACCAGCAGCAAAAGGAAACUUUUUCGUGAACAGGAUAGAGCUUGAUGGACCAUGCAGCGGUCAAGUAACAUUUCAACUUGAUGGAGUUAUUGUGGCACCAUCGGGUAAUCCAUAUCGAGGUUCUUGGUUUACAUUUUACUCAAUUGACGGAUUGACUGUCCAAGGUUCUGGUAUGUUUGAUGGCAAUGGUCCUUCAGCCUGGGCGCAGUGCCCCAAAUGCUCUCCAUCAAUAGGUCUGUAUGCUAUUACCAAUUCGCAUAUUCAAGACAUCACGUCGCUUAAUAGCAAAGGUGUCCACUUCGUUAUGGUUGGAGGGGACGGGGUCACAUUCGAACAUCUCAACAUAACAGCGCCAAGUGAUAGUCCGAACACUGAUGGAAUAAGUAUGGCAAAGUCUAGUAAUAUCCAAGUCGUUGAUUCCUACAUCGGCACUGGUGACGACUGCGUGGCUAUUGGACAAGGGAGCACAGAUAUUAAUAUCAGCGGAGUCAAUUGUGGUCCGGGACAUGGUAUUAGCAUCGGAAGCAUUGGCAAGGUUGAGGCAGAUAAAGACGUUAAUGGAAUUCAUGUACAAAACUGUACUUUAACCUCUACUCAGAAUGGUGUGAGGAUAAAAUCCUGGGCUCCUUCAUAUCCUGUCACUGUUUCGAAUGUUACCUACGAAGAUAUCACAAUUAAUAAUGCAAGUAAUCCAAUUGUCAUUGAUCAGACAUACUGUUUUGUUAACAAGCAAUGUCCGGGUGACUCGCAAGUUCAAAUCAGCGACGUGAAGUAUAUCGGCGUUACAGGAACAUCAGCAUCUCAAGUUGCUGUAAAUCUACAAUGCAGCAACAGUAGGACAUGCCAAGACAUACAUCUGGAGAACAUCGAUCUUACGUUGACAGAAGGAGGACAGGCAUCUUCUAAUUGUGCCAAUGCUAAUGUGACGUACUCAGGGACACAAAAUCCUCCUCCUUGUAAUCAAUAA